GAAAAAACAAACAAAAAAACCCCCCUUAUAAUAAUAAGCGAUUGGUUGUUUGGAAACACAAAACCGCUGAAUGUAAACGCAGGAACAGGACUCUUGAGACUGGAUGGUUGUGCUGGUUAAAGCUCUUGUUCUAGUGUUAUUCUGAAGUUUUAAUAACUGGAUUUGUCGCAUUCAGCAGUAAAGCGAAAAAAAAGAGAAACUCCUCCUCUACCAAUCUGAUUAAAUACCACAGUCUGUAGUGUAUACUGUUAGAAGGCGUUUACUAUUAUUCAGAAUGAACGUGCCGAAAAGCGGUUAUCGCGUCUUCUCUGCUAACUCCACCGCCUCAUGCACCGAGCUGGCGAAAAAGAUCACGGAGCGUCUUGGAGUGGAGUUGGGCAAGUCUGUUGUUUACCAGGAGGCGAACAGAGAAACUAGAGUUGAUGUCAAAGAGUCUGUUCGAGGCCAAACAAUCUUUAUCAUCCAGACCAUUCCAAGAGAUGUUAACACAGCAAUCAUGGAGCUGCUAGUCAUGGCAUAUGCACUCAAAACCUCCUGCGCCAAAAACAUUAUUGGCGUCAUCCCUUAUUUUCCAUAUAGCAAACAGUGCAAGAUGAGGAAGAGGGGAUCCAUAGUGUGUAAACUGUUGGCGUCCAUGCUUGCCAAAGCAGGUUUGACGCACAUCAUCACGAUGGACCUGCAUCAGAAGGAGAUCCAGGGUUUCUUCAGUUUCCCUGUGGAUAAUCUGCGUGCUUCUCCAUUCCUUCUGCAGUACAUUCAAGAAGAGAUCCCUGAUUAUAGAAAUGCCAUUAUUGUUGCGAAGUCUCCGUCUGCUGCUAAAAGGGCUCAGUCAUAUGCAGAGCGGCUGCGUCUGGGCCUGGCUGUUAUUCAUGGAGAGGCUCAGUGUUCUGAAUCGGACAUGGCAGAUGGGCGACACUCUCCUCCUUGCGUGCGCAACACGACCGGCCAAACAGGCCUUGAACUACCAUUAAUGAUGGCCAAGGAGAAACCACCCAUUACAGUGGUAGGAGAUGUUGGAGGACGCAUCGCCAUCAUUGUUGAUGACAUCAUUGAUGAUGUAGAAGACUUUGUGGCAUCAGCAGAGAUCCUGAAGGAGAGAGGAGCCUAUAAGAUUUAUAUCAUGGCCACCCAUGGCCUGCUGUCUGCCGAUGCGCCACGCCUCAUUGAGGAGUCUGCCAUAGAUGAGGUGGUGGUGACAAACACAGUCCCACAUGAGGUGCAGAAGCUGCAGUGCCCAAAGAUCAAGACAGUGGAUGUGAGCAUGAUCCUGGCCGAGGCCAUCCGCCGUAUCCACAAUGGCGAGUCCAUGGCCUACCUUUUCCGCAACAUCACUGUCGAUGAUUAGGCUUAGCUUUGACCUUACUGUGGAAGGGAAGUCUUUACAAAGAAUUGAGCAGGCGAUUCCUCCUCUUGUGCAUGUGCUAGGAGUGCCAUGAUUUUCUAAAAAAAAAAGGGCCUUUAAACCAAUAAUAUUAGUUUAUUUAAAUAUACAGUCAUGUCCAUAAGUAUUUGGACAGUGAUGUGAUUUUUCAUGAUUUUGCCUCUGUACACCAACACAAUGGAUUUGAAAUAAAACAAAGAUGUGAUUGAAGUGAUGUGAUAGAAUUUUAGCUUUAAUUCAGUGUAUUUAAUAAAAAUAUAUUUCAUUAACCAAUUAGGAAUUACAGCCAUUUUUUACAUAGUGCCUACACAGACUCAAAAAUAAUUGGAUAAACUAACAAUUAUGUGCAUCAUUUUUAAUACUUGGAUGCUUAUACUUUGCAGUCAGUGACCACAUGAAGUCCGUGGGUUCCACAAAUCACCAAAUGCUGAGUUUCCUCCCUUUAGCUGCUUUGCUCCGUCUUUAUUGCAGCCGCCUUCAGUUUCUGCUCGUUUGUGGGUCUUUCUGUCUUCAGUAAGUGAAAAGCAUGCUAACUUGGGUUGACUGACUCAGCCAUUUAAGAACAUUCCAUUUCUUUGCCUUAAGAAACUCUUGGGUUGCUUUAGCUGUAUGUUUUGGGUCAUUAUCCAUCUUUACUGUGAAGCACUGUUUUAUCAGUUUUGCAACAUCUGACUGAAUCUGUGUAGGUUGUAUAGCUCUAUAUACUUCAGGAUUCAUCCUACUACUUCUGUCAGCAGUAAACGCCAGUGAUCUAGUUCCAUUGGCAGACGUACUUGACAGAUGUACCUGUGCUUUGGAUCAUGAGCCCUUGCUUUCCUCUUCCAUACUCUUCUCUUGCCAUUCUGGUACAAGUUAAUCAUGGCUUCAUUUAUCCAAAGACUUUUUUGUUCCAGAGCUGCUUAAGAUUUCUAGCAAAGUCUAAUCUGGUCUUUCUAUCCUUGAGUGUUACCAGUGGUUUGCAUCUUGAGGUAAACCCUUUGUUUUUACAUUCAUGAAGGCAUCACUCGAUUGUAUACUUUGACAAGGAUAGCCCUACCUUCUCUAGAGGUGUUCUUGACUUAGCUAGGGGUUGUGAAGGGAUUUUACUUCACCAAGGAAUGAAUUCAACAAACAUCAACUUUAGUUGUCUUCUGUGGUCUUCCAGGCCUUUUGGUGUUGCUCAGCUUGUCAGUGCAUUCCUUCUUUUUAAGAAUGUACUAAAUUGUUGAUUUGGCUACUCAUAAAGUUUCUGCUAUCUCUCUGACAAGAAUGUGUGUUUUUGUUUUUUAGCCUAAUGACAGCCUCCUUCAUUUUCAUCAACACCUCUUUGGACUGCAUAUUGAAAGUUCUCAUGAACAGCUACCAAAUGCAAAUUCAACACUUUGAAUGAACUCCAGACCUUUUAGCCUUCUUAUUGUGAAAAUGGAAGGACGAUGUAAAAAUAGCUGUAAUUCCUAAAGGGUUGAUGCAAUAAUUUUAUUAAAUGUCUUGAAUUAAAGUUGAAAUUCUACACUUCGGUCACAUCUUGAUUACUUCAUUUCAAAUCCAUUGUGGUAGUAUACAGAGGCAAAAUAGUAAAAAAUUGUCACUUAUGAGCCGGUCUGUGUAUGAAACAAACGGUUUGAGGCCAGAUGAAGUACAAAUUUAACUUGCAUUUAAGGAACCGACAGUUGUUGCAAUAUGAAGGCAGUCUCUCUUACAUUUGUGCACUACUGGAAGCUAUAUAGCUCUAAACGGCUGCAGCAAUACCUGAUACAUAUAUGCAAGAGUCUUGAAUGAUGAUCUUUUGCUUGCUGAAGUAGUCUGUCAAAAAAGGAAUGUGCUCAGAAUCUGUUUUGCUAAAAACAGUUUGUAGUUUGAGUAUUGGUUGAUUUCAGAAAGCUCUUUAAUAAAAUUGUCCAAUAUUAAUGCUAAAGCCAAUAUGACCUAAAACUAACUGUAAAAACUAUCCAUAUGCUCUAUGCUGAUUUGUUUAUUAAGAAUGGUUAAGUCUUAAUUCCAAAAAUGUAAAGAUUAACAAAACCCAAAAUUAAACUCCUUUAUACUGACAGAUAAUAUCCAUACAAGACGUGUUAGUGUACACUUGUUCAUAUUUGUGCCGGCAUACUAUGUACAGAUUUUAUUUUAAAAGAAAAACAAUGUCUCUGGGCGUUGCCCUCUUUCUCUCUCUGAGGUUCAAAUAUCGCGCUUGGAGUACAAAUCGUGAAGUCACCUACACCCUACAUGACAUACGGAGGCUAGUGGAGGUCAUGGACACAUCACUUCUAAAUUGUUGUAAACAAACCUAAAGAUGCCGAGUGUCAAGCAUUUGGGUGUGAAAAUAAGCCUGAACAUUGAUCAUUUUAUGUGACAUGCUUUUGCUUGUUUUCAUUCACUGAGAAAAGCGAUCUUUUUAGAUGACAAGAAUUGUGUUGCUAUGACAGUGACCACUGUUUACUAGUACCCGUGUCAGUACUGCAUAUAUGUUAUCUAGCCAAGCGAGAUAUAAACUUCAUAAAAGUGAAGUCUGUUGACUUGUGUAUUUUGUUGACAGCAAAAAUCACAUGGUUACAGAAAACUUCUGAUUAGAUUUUUAGAAUGAGAAGUCUUUGUCAUAUGUACAUUACAGCACAGUGAAGUUCUUUCUUCUCCAUCUGAAGCAGCGAACACAGACACAGAGGGAGAGCAGUGGCACCUGGCUAUUAUUAUUAGUUUUUAAAUUGAAUUAGAAGCCUUUAUUUGAUGGCUCUGUGUAACGAAGACAGUGGUGUAUUAGUGAACUGGUUACAUCACAAGUGUCUGUUUUCAGUGCAAAUGGUUGCGGCCAGGUAAGCCUAUUUUUUUAGCAAUAUCGUAACUUUUAAAAUGGAUACACUGUUAUUUUAUAAAGGUUUAUUUAUAAUUUUUAAAUGCGCGGAGGGCACAUCAGGGCACUUGCCGUGAUCUGCAAACGGCAUUUAUUUUUGGGUUUUGUUUGAUUUGCAAGGAAAAAACCUUGCAUAUCUCUGAAUCCAAGUCACAUAGUUUAUUGUUGUGUUCCUAUAUUUUGCAUCUUGGAAGUGGGGUAGAGCCAUUUUCAGACUUUACAAACAUUAAUAGUUUAUACUGAUGUGAUCAUAAUGUUGCUAUAAUUAAUCUUUUACAAUACAAUUCUUUACAUUACUCACUUUUCACAGUAUUAUUUGCAAUGUCUCACCCAUCACUUCCACUUCCUGUUCAGAACUAAUUCCUAUUGGAUGGCAUUCAGGCAGGUGGUGAGUGAGUGUGACCCUGUGAGAGAGACAGCAGUUGCUUUGGCAACCAUAUUCAAAGUUGGUUCCUUGUUGUACUUUAUCUGUCAGUUUCCCCAACUCAUCUGGCCUGCAUUCCAACUAUACAGAACAGAUGAUUUUUUUUUUGUGAAGUUAUGUCACUGUACAUGAUUUUAUAACCAUAUUUUUGUAAAUAAAGAAAAUGCUUGAA